AUGUCAGAUUUAAGAGUGAUGAACUACUUUCUUGGUAUGGAGAUAUAUCAAUUUAGUCAUGGCAUUUUCUUAUCCCAAAAGAAGUAUGCUGUGGAACUACUCAAAAAGUUUGACAUGGAGAAGCGUAAUCUAGUUGACACUCCAAUGGUUUACAAUCAAAAAUUUGAACUCGAAAAUGGUGCUGCCAAGAUUGAAGUUUCAACCUAUAGAAGCCUUAUUGGAAGUUUGUUCUAUUUAUGUGCUUCUAGACCUGACAUUAUAUUUUCUGUGAGUUUGCUUUCCAGAUUUAUGCAUGCUUCAUCACAUAUGCAUUAUUCUGCAGUUAAAAGAGUGCUAAGGUACAUUAGAGGCACCGUAGACUAUGGUGUUUGGUUUUUGAAGCAAGAAGAAGGCAAGUUGAUGGGCUAUGUUGAUAGUGAUUGGGCUGGAAGCAUGCAGGAUUCAAAAAGUACUUCAGGGUACUUAUUUUCUCUUGGUUCAGGUCCUUUUUCAUGGAGCUUACAAAAACAGGGUUCAGUUGCUCAAUCCACAGCUGAAGCUGAAUAUAUUACUGCUGCAGCUUCUUCAAAUCAAGUUUGA